CUUACAGACCAAACCCUAAUGACCCCACAAUCGUCCCACACCAAGCUCACAAGUCCCAACCGUCGCUUGGCGAUCGGACGGCGUGGAUCCAAUCCAACGAGACCCUCCCCCAACCCUUGUCCGCCGCGUCUCUCGCCGUCGGUCGCAUCGCACCCCCGCGAAUCCCCCCCCACAGGCCAACAGCAAAGCAGAGGCGAAGGGAAGAAGAAGAAGAAGAAGCGGCGGCGGCGGCGGCCAUGGCGUGGCGUGCGAACCUCUCCCGGGGCGUGAAGGAGAUCCGCUUCCUCUUCUGCCAAUCCUCCCCCGCCAGCGCCCCCGCGAGGGAGUUCGUGAAGAAGAACUACGGCGACAUCAAGGCGCGCAACCCGUCCCUCCCCGUCCUCAUCCGCGAGUGCUCCGGCGUCGAGCCCCAGCUGUGGGCGCGCUACGAUAUGGGCGUUGAGAGGUGCGUGCGCUUGGAUGGCCUGACAGAAGCACAAAUUGACAGUAAGCUGGAGGAGCUUGCCAAGGCUGGGGGGUCGCUUAAACCUAAAUAAUGUUUGCUUAGCCAACCUGUUCAGCUUUAAUUAUUUCCAAAUAAGAGAAACGCAUGCGGAGGUUGUUCUUUCAUAUGAUCUAAGUACUAUGACAUGUCAAAUUAAGCGCUGAUCUUUACAACCUACUGCUAGGAAUGCUACUGUUUUCUCUUGCUCUUCGUUACUUCGUAUAUUGUCCUCCAGUAUGUGAUGUAAGAAUGGCAGCGAUUCUAUGGUCUAUUUUUUCUGUAACUGGUAAAGACAUCAGAAAGAAAAACAUAUAAGCACAUGUUCUUGAUGAUUUGUUUGCUGUUGCAUUUCAA